CCCGGUUUUACAAAUGUCCGGUUCAACACGAGUUCAACUGAACUUGAGUUCAACUGAACUGAGGUUCAAUUCAUGCGUCCGUUUUACAAACACCGCUAUCGUCCGGUUCAGCUGAACCACAAAUUUCCUUAGGUUGGUAGCGCGCACCCGAGAAUCUGACAGUUGAGGCCACGUUGGGAGCACGUUGGAAGUGUGUUGUUGUUGUCAUCUAUGUCAUCAUGUCACAUUAUUAUAAAUUAUUUGUGACAAAUUCUGCAAAGUAAUUAGUUUUUUGCGUUACUGGGAUGAGUAAUACACGUGCUCCGAAUUUUACAAAAUCCGAAGAAAACUUGCUCCUAUCUUUAGUAAGCAAGUAUAGAAAUAUUCUGGAGUGUAAAUUGUCCAACACUGAUGCAAAUCAAAAAAAAAAAAAAAAAAUCAGUGUUGGAAGAAAAUUGAAGUAGAGUUCAAUUCUUUAUCUGGCCAGACCUUCCGGGAUCACAAAGUUUUGAACAAAAAGUACGACAACAUUAAGAAGAGGACAACGAAAAAAUUUGCUGACGAGAAAGCCUAUGUCGGUGGUACUGGGAGAGGGUCACAACAAAGUAUUGAGGCCACCGAUGUUGAUGUGGCUGUAAAAGAAAUUCUCGGGGCCAAACCAAUGGGGCAUAGCAGCGAAUUUGAUGGCGAUUCCGAAACAACCUCUAAUAAGUAUUUUUAUGAAUAAUAUGUAUUGUAAAAUUAAAAUGUUGAUGCUUUUCAGCAUUCCAAAGUAACAGCGGUAUAAUCUGUCUGAUGACGAAAAUGAUGAUUGUUUUAUGCCAAAAGAUCAAACCGGAGCAAUUUCGAGAGAAGUGCCUGUUAUGGAUAAAAUAAGUGGUCCCAAUAAAGAAAGUGGUAAACAUUAAUAAUAAUCAAAUAUGGUUAUUUUUGUAGAAAAUGGUCAAACUGGGAAUUGGGCUAAAUACUCCCCCAAAAUCUUGAAGCAAAAAAAAUUUUCAGCACUCACGCCAUAUCGUAGAGGUAAAGGAAACCAGACAAGUGAUAAUUUAGAGCAAUGUGCCGCUGCCAAAGAACUUGUCGAACUAAGUCGAAAGGAAUACAUCCAAAAGGAGCAAGAGUUUAAAUUAAAAGCCAUGAAAGAGAAACAUGAACUAGAAAUGCAAAUUAUGAGAGACAAAGCUGCACUUGAAUUAGAAGUAAUAAAGCAGAACACCAAAUGAAGAUUGAAAUAUUAAUUGCCCAAAAAUUUAAUAUUUUAAAUAAUAAAACUUAAAUAAAUAAUUACAUUACA